AUGGGGCCGUCGAUGGAGGAGGAUUACAGGAUGCAGGACGCCACCUUUUGCAGCUGCUUCCAUGUGUUCAUGGCGCAAAUAAUCGCCGUCAUCAAGAACAACAAAAACAAGAUGGCAGGACAGGAUCAGGACGACAGGAUUGGGUCCUGGUUCCUGAGAACGAUAGGGAUGGAGGUGGGAAUGGGAAUGGGGAUGGGGAUGUUGAUGGGGGAAAAGGAAUCCGAAGAUGAGUUGAGAGACGUUGACGCUGACGCCAUUAGCACCGAGUUUUGCAGCAUCAACGACAAACUUUAA